AUGCUCAUCCGUUGCCUUCUUCCAAUGGACCUCAACACCGGACCCUUGGCCAAAAAGUCGUCAACGCUGUGCUCUCUGCUGCUGCUGCUCACCAUCGCACUUGCAGUUCUCGGACAGGUCAACAGCGAAAAAGUCGGAUUCGGCAAGCACACAAAGAUAAACAACGACACAGUGACGCUCACCGACAAGACCAUAAUUGCCAACAAUACGUACUUCAACUUUACUAGUUGUCGCUUCAAGGAGCUGUAUCCGGACGCCUGCGAUGUUUCAAUCAAAGACGGCUACAUCGAGCUUCGGUACAACUACGGCAGCAAAGGAUGCACUGUGGACCUGCUCAGCACUAACGCGGCAAACAUCAACGCGAUCAAGUUCAAAGCCGGAGUGCGAGGAGACGCAAAAGGAGGACUCAGCAAAUGCCUUGAUGAAACUACCCGCUUCAGGGACAGCUAUAACAACACCCUGCCUUUCGUCUACAGCGCGAGCAGCGCUUUCAUAGAAGAGCUCAACAAUCGUAAACAUAGGAAUUCUGAGGGUGACUGCAGCAAUGAUUGUAAAGCAUUCGAUGGGAUUUGCAUGAAUCGAACAUCUCUUCAAGUCUCAUGGAGCAAGUCUGGGAAUAUGGUCUAUGGUUACACACAUUUAAUUGGAGAAGAUCAAACCCUUGGUCUUAAGCGGAACAGAACGAGCGUGAAUGACAGUGCGACCUUCGAUCUGGAGAUAAAUAGCGGCGGCUUCAUUUUUGGCGGAGAGCACUCCAAUCCUUCGACGGCGGCCGUCUGCGUAUCGAGGGAAAAUCCCAUUGGCGAACCCAAAGCAUGGACUAUAAAGGAUGGAAAGCACAGGGACAAACACUUGCUCGUCUUCAGCCUGCUCCGACAAACCUCUUCUCUCAUCUACAAGGGCCCUUUUCUCACAAAGGAUCAUCCGAACGGACCGCAUUGUGAACUCUUCAUUCGAUUUCUUUCUAAUAAUUUCGUUUUUCAUAGGAUACAAACGACUACAGCCUGUUGA